AUGGAGUCGUACAAUCCGGAUCCGGGGGCGAUAGCACUCCAGCAGCCUCAGAGGUUCGAAAGGGUUCUAGUAUGAGCCCUCUUGUCUUUCACGAUGUAUGAUGCGAGCCUCGGAGGCACAAGCUGACGCCUUCACAGUCUCAACGCGACUUGUCCUUGACCAUUCCCGUGAACUUUGUCACCUACCCGGGUAUCUCACUGACGGCUGCGUGUUUCGCCCAUGAUCGCUACGAGGACCAGGCCGCUGCCAAGUGCUUUUCGAAUCUUCUGGCGACGGGUUUCCAACGGAUAGAGGUCGACGUAUACUGGGACAAGAGCCGACGUACAUGGGCUCUAUGCCCGGUCGAGCUCGGUGGCGCUGGGUCGAUUGUCUCGUCUUCCACGGCCACUGCCACUGCCUCAAUACCUUCGACGACUCAGUUAGCCAGCGAUGGAUUGGCGGGUAGAGAUGCGGUCGUGAUGUAUGCCAGGCAAACUUCGUCGGGCGGUACGCUUUCGUUACCGAGUACUUCAACAGCGGAGAGUACCACCAGCGACGUGACGACAACUGCCACGCUGGACGCCAACCCUCUCACGACAUCAGUAGGGAGCUCUGGGUCUGCACCCACCAAGAUAUCAGGAGAUGAAACCCUCUUCCAGGUCGGGCCUUAUUCUUGCUCCCUGGGCACCGAUCUUGCGGCGCUAGUAUCCGUUGCGUCGGAGUACACGGCAAGCACGGAGUACGAUCUGAACGCCACUGCCAUAUACAUGACCUUGAAUGUUCAUGCCGCUGCUGAGGCCUCGGAACCAUUGCGAAGCGCCCAGAAGCCCAGUGCAGAUCAACUACCCGGAGACGACUCACUGCUUAGUACAAUAAUUGCUAGUAAUACAUCACUAUUCUUAUAUACGCCCGCAGACCUGUCGACUCAACGAGGGAGCCUCAACACGAGCCGAAGUUGGUUCACCGUGGCUCAAGAUCGGCAGCCCGAUUCAGCUUUCUUUGAAACCGACACGAUCGGCGGUAUCGUCGCAACCUCGGAUGGCUGGCCCAGCGAGAGUUACUUUGAGAGGACCUUUGGCAAGCGCUUGCUUGUCAGCUUCGGCGAUAUCGACCCUCAAAUGAGCGCGUACAACUUUUCCGGGGACAAGUCAUAUAUCUUUCGGCAACAUUAUCUGAGGGCGCCGAGGGUUGUAACGAACGACAGCGAUGGCGGCGUGAGCACGGGCUGCUUCUUCAAUCCGAACAAUCAUUCAGUGGCUGCGGUCAAUUCUUCUUGGGCUAUCAAUGCCAUUGGAAACAGCUCAUUGUUGGCCGGAAGCUCUCUUGAAAAUAUCUUGGCACAGGCGCGUAACCUGACAUACUGCGGCAUCUCGCCGAUUCUCAACGGCACGUUGAACAACGCCACUGCUGAUCAGGACGUCGCACCAUACACUGCCUUUGUCGAAAACACACGAUGGUCCUGGGCAAUGGGCCAGCCAUUCAAUGCAUCGCUUACGCCUGACCCCUCCGACUACCGCUGCGCGGCUCUCAAUUCCACCUCGGGAUUCUGGCAAGUCUCCGACUGCAGCCAGUCCUACCACGGCGCCUGUCGCGUCUCCCACCAACCCUACACCUGGCGAAUCAGCGGAGACCAAGCCCCCUACGGGAAAGUCGACCUCGCAUGCGAUGGCGACGACGACGACGACGGCAAUCUCUCCUUCGAUGUCCCCCGCACCGCGCUGGAAAACACCUACCUCCUCUCCACCUGGCAGACCUACCAACGGAACCAGAGCGAUUACGACGGCGGCCCCUUAUUGUGGUUGAAUUUCAACGAUCUGGAUGUGCAAGAAUGCUGGGUGAUUGGGCAGAAUUCUUCGUGUCCGUACCAGCAUCCCUCGUCGACGGAUACGCGGGAGGUGGUGGUGCCCGUCGUGGCGGGUGUUAUUGUCUUUGUGAUCGCGUUGUUGACGGUGCUGCUCAAGUGUGCGGGGAAUCGGCAGCAGUCGAAGAGGAGACGGAGGAGAGGGGAUGAUGGGUGGGAUUAUGAGGGCGUGCCGUCGUGA